AUACUUGCACACACGUCCGUCCACCUGAUAUUUUCUUUGCAACAAUGUAUUCGGCCCGAAAUUUAUAAAGCGACGGACAGCAAGAAAACCGUUUAUUGUACUUUUAGGAACCGCUUAACUCAUAUCUCAACGCGAUCAAAAAAUGCGUACCGCAUACAUUGUCGUUCUGAUAUGCACUUCCUGCAUCUGCGUGUGUGCUGGAGAUAGCUAUUCCGGGGAUAUCCAGAACUCGAACUCAUUGGAUUUCGGCAACGACAGUGGGGGCUACAGCUACAGCUCCCCACCGAGCAACAGCUACCUACCUCCAGCCACUCCUGCACCGGAGUACCUGCCUCCGCCGAACAAUGGAUACCAGUACAAUCCACCGCCGAACAACAACUACCUGCCACCGCCGAACAACAACUAUCUGCCUCCUCCACCGGAAUAUGGACCGCCAGCUGGCUAUCCAUCCUAUGGGCCACCACCUCCUCCCUUUUAUAAGCCAGCACCACUCAUUCCCUACCAUUCGCACGACUCCAUUCUGGAAAAGUUAAAGUCCAAGAUCAAUUUGUAUACGCUCGGAAAGAUAUUGCUCAAGUUGUUGAUAUUCAAGAAAAUCGUCAAGUUCAUCGGAUUGAUUUUCUUACUCUUGGUUCUGCCGAAGCUGAAAAAUAUUUUCAAGGACGAUAUGAUGAUGUCUGGAUCUGGUGAGAGCGAUGGAAUGGAAAGCAAACUUGUAGAGACAGAUAAGGAUAAAUUAGCCCAACAAAUUGAAGACCUCUACGAUUUUGUAAUAAAUUCUAUAGAAAAUUUUGAAGGUAGAAGUUCGUAGAUCAAUACCAAAACUAGUUAUAAAUGCAUUGUUACAGAUUGUAUUACAUUUGAUUAUUUAUUUGUUAAAAUCUUAUUAAUAAAAGUAUUUCAUAUUUUA